CAAUUACACAACCCGAGUCAUUGACUCGCCCGCCCGAUCCCAACCCAGACUCACUAAGCUGGAACCAUGAUGCUGGAUCUCGGCCCGUUCUCCGACGAGAAUUUCGACCGGAAGAAGUGGGUGAACUCGGCGUGCCAGAGUCGCCACCCGCAGGACUCCGUCGACAAGCACCUCGCGGAUCUGGAGAUGAAAAUCCAGAUGGUCUCGGAGGAGAUCGGCGCGUCGCUCGAGGAGCAGAGCGCCUCCUCCCUCCUCCGCGUGCCACGCGCCACCCGCGAAGUCAUCCGCCUCCGCGACGACGCCGUCUCUCUCCGCUCCGCCGUGUCCUCGAUCCUCGACAAGCUCAAGAAGGCUGAGGGAUUAUCAGCCGAGUCUAUAAUGGCGCUGGCGAAGUAUGAUAUUGUGAAGCAGAGAAUGGAAGCUGCAUACGAAACAUUGCAGGAUGCUGCUGGAUUAACUCAACUGAGCUCGACGGUGGAGGACGUUUUCGCCAGCGGUGAUCUUCCUCGCGCUGCCGAGACCCUAGCCAACAUGAGGCAUUGCCUGUCAGCUGUUGGUGAGGUUGCCGAGUUUGCUAAUGUGAGGAAGCAACUUGAGGUGUUGGAGGACAGGCUUGAUUCGAUGGUGCAACCACGUCUCACAGACGCAAUAUCCAAUCGCAAGGUUGACGUCGCCCGAGAUUUACGGGGUAUUCUUAUUCGGAUUGGGAGGUUCAAGUCAAUGGAGCUACAUUAUACAAAAGUUCACCUCAAACCAAUAAAGCAGCUCUGGGAAGAUUUUGAGUUAAAACAACCGCCAUCUAAUAAGCUUGCUACUGACAAGACUAGUAAUGAGUUUCAGUCAGCUGCUUCGGGCAUUCUAUUUUCCACUUGGCUCCCAAAUUUCUAUGAUGAAUUGCUGCUAUAUCUAGAGCAAGAAUGGAAGUGGUGCAUGGUUGCCUUUCCCGAGGAUUAUAAAUCCCUCGUCCCGAAGCUGCUAGUUGAGACGAUGGUAGCUGUAGGGGCUAGUUUUGUUUCACGCGUCAACUUAGCAACGGGUGAUGUUGUUCCUGAAACAAAAUCAUUGGGGAAAGGGAUAUUAGAUAUUCUCUCUGGUGAUAUGCCCAAGGGUAUCAAGAUCCAGACAAAGCAUCUGGAGGCUCUGAUUGAGUUGCACAAUAUGACCCAGACCUUUGCAAGGAACAUUCAGCACUUGUUUUCAGAAUCUGAUCUUCGUGUUUUGAUGGAUACGCUAAAGUCGGUGUAUUUGCCCUAUGAAUCAUUUAAGCAGAGGUAUGGGCAGAUGGAGCGUGCUAUACUGUCUGCUGAGAUUGCUGGAGUGGAUCUAAGAGGAGCUGUUACUCGUGGCGUGGGAGCUCAGGGAAUUGAACUUAGUGAAACGGUUCGCAGAAUGGAGGAAUCCAUUCCACAAGUUAUUGUACUUCUUGAAGCAGCCGUUGAGAGAUGCAUUAGUUUUACUGGAGGUUCGGAAGCAGAUGAGCUCAUUAUUGCAGUUGAUGACAUAAUGUUGCUUUAUAUCUCCACCUUGCAAGAAACCCUGAAAUCCUUACGAGUUGUCUGUGGAGUGGAUCAUGCUGGUGAUGGUGUUGGCCAAAGUUCACGGAGGACUGACUCGAUUUCAAAUGAGGAGGAGUGGUCCAUUGUGCAAGGUGCUUUGCAAAUCCUUACCGUUGCAGAUUGUCUAACUAGCAGGUCCUCAGUUUUUGAAGCUUCCCUAAGAGCCACUUUGGCUAGGUUGAGCACAGCUCUUUCGUUUUCAGUAUUUGGUUCAAGUGCAGACCAAAAUCUGUCACAUGCUACUAGUGAUGAUGGAAAUGGGGAACCAUCUUUGGGAGGAAGAGCUGCCUUGGAUGUGGCAGCUGUUCGGCUUAUUGAUGUUCCCGAGAAGGCUCGAAAACUCUUCAACCUUUUAAAUCAGUCUAAAGAUCCACGGUUUCAUGCACUUCCACUUGCAUCUCAGAGAGUUGCAGCAUUUGUUGAUACCGUUAAUGAACUUGUAUAUGAUGUUCUCAUUUCUAAAGUAAGGCAACGCCUCAGUGAUGUUUCUAGAUUGCCAAUAUGGUCAUCAGUUGAAGAACAGAGUGCUUACCAUCUCCCAACCUUCAGUGCUUACCCUCAGUCCUACGUGACGAAUGUUGGUGAAUAUCUUCUUACAUUACCCCAGCAGCUGGAGCCACUGUCAGAGGGCAUUGCAAAUAGUGACGCCAACAAUGAGGAAGCCCAGUUUUUCGCAACAGAAUGGAUGUUCAAGGUCGCAGAGGGUGCCACUGCUCUUUACAUGGAGCAGCUGCGGGGAAUUCAGUACAUCACAGACCGGGGAGCACAACAGUUAUCUGUUGACAUAGAGUAUCUAAGCAAUGUACUUUCAGCUCUGUCAAUGCCAAUGCCUCCUGUCCUAUCCACAUUCCAUACCUGUCUUUCCACCCCAAGAGAUCAGCUGAGAGAUCUUAUCAAAUCAGAUUCGGGAAAUCAGCUUGAUCUUCCUACUGCAAACCUUAUUUGUAAGAUGCGGCGUGUGGUUAUAGAUUAGUCCCCCCUUCCCUUCCUGUCGAUCCUAUAGGUUGAAAGCUGUGCUAUACGUGUAUUCUUUUUGAGGUCCAGGGAACAAUUUAUCUUCUUGCCAUUGAAUCAUCUGGCAGCAAUUUUUUGAAUGACUUGGGUAAAUUCGAGGUCAUGUUCAUUAACAAGCACGCCAUAUUUUCAAUAUGUUGCUGUAGAAUCCUAUAUUUUAAAUUUUUCUUAACCAAAAUGAAUCUAAAUUUUCUCGACAAA